CAGUUCACUACUCGUCAAAACGGAAGUCACUGCCCCGUUUGUUUUCAAAAGUUGUUUUGAUUAGUAAUAUCUAUAUUUAUUCACUUGCGGCCUUAUUUAAUUGUGAUAAAUGUUAAUUAAGUUGCAAUUACUCAUUCGCGCGCUCAUUAGAGGCUUCAUUACCCAGUGAUUUCUCAGCAAGAGUGGUCGACAUGGGUGGUUCAUUGAAAUGUUUUUUGUUUUGUAUUUUUGCUUUAUUUAUUGGCACGGAAAGUAAAUAUGGGUAUGUGACUUGGGUGGGCAACAAAGCUGAGAUAACCGUGACUGAUUAUUUCGCGGACAUCCCGGAUGUUCACGUCGCAAAGGCUACAUACAGCAACGAAAUCAACAGCACUGGCUGGGCCUUCCUAGAGUUGCACACGUCAGGGGACUCGAGUGACGAGCAGCAGGCUUACGCGGCCGGCUACCUGGAGGGCUUCCUCACGCGGGACCUCAUCUGGAUGCACUGGCAGAAUGUCUUGAAAGGGUAUUGCUACAAUAAGACAGACAUCUGCGGCCUCAUUGAGGAGUUUGUGGAUAAGAAUGAGGCUUACAUCGCCUCCAUGGUGUCCCAGCACCCUAAUGAUGCUUACUGGUAUCAGAUGAAACUGUACUACAUUCAGCUGGAAGGUCUAGCGAUUGGGUAUAAUGAGGCUACCAGUGACCCCUACCAGCUUCUUACUGUCAGAGACAUAAUAUGGAUAAACAUGCUGGGCGACCUGGACGAGCUGGCGUUCGCGCUGACGAUGCCUCCGGAUACGCCCGAGGGCUUCCUGUUCCCGGAGCACUGCUCGGGGCUCGUCAAGCUGCUGCCCGACCUGUCCGACCUCUACGUGUCGCAGGUCACGUGGAACAGCUACCAGUCAAUGCUGCGCUUCCAAAAGAUGUACGUGCUAAAAUACCGGAUAGCGCCCGGAAGUAAUGAGCUCAUUCCGGGAUACAAGAUGUCACUGUCGUCCUACCCUGCUUUUGUGCAGUCCACAGACGACUUCUACAUCCUGUCGUCGGGGCUGGUGGCGGCCGAGACCACCAUCGGCAACAGCAACCGCACGCUCUUCCGCCACGUGCACCCCGUCGGACAGGUCCUGGAGUACGCGCGCGCGAUGGUGGCCAACCGGCUGGCGCGGUCGGGCGCCGACUGGGUGCAGCUUUUCCGCAAGCACAACAGCGGCACCUACAACAACCAGUGGUACAUAGUGGACUACAAAAAGUUCAAGCCGCGCACGUCACGGGCCGCGGGCGUGAUCAAGCCGGGCCUACUAUGGGUCGUAGAGCAACUGCCGGGCUACACGGAGGCUGCUGACUUAACAAGCCUGCUACGUCGCAGCAGCUACUUCCCUUCGUACAAUAUCGCGUAUUUCCCGCGAGUCUUCAACCUGAGCGGCGGGCAGGUGCGCGUGGACACCUACGGCGACUGGUUCGGGUACCACACCAACCCGCGCGCCAGGAUGUUCAAGCAGAAACAGGCUGACAUCAACAACCUAAAAGACAUGUACGACACAAUGCGCUACAACGACUUCAAGCACGACCCGCUCGCGCGCUGCUCGCAGUGCAGCCCGACCUACAGCGGCUGCAACGCUAUCUCGGCGCGCAACGACCUCAACCCCGCCGGCGGCACGUACCCGUUCCGCGCGCUGGGGCACCGCAGCCACGGCGCCACCGACGCCAAGAUCACGAGCGCCGGCCUGCGCCCCGCCUACCAGUUCAUCGCCGUCGCCAGCCCCACCUACAACAUCUCCCGGGGAAUCCCGCCCUUCGCGUGGAGCGACUUCGACUUAGGUCCCACGAUCUCCCACGUGGGCCACCCCGACCGCUGGAUGUUCCCGCCGCUACUCCACCGCUGGGAGUGGGAGUGACCUCGAAACAUCACACUUAUUAGGCUUUGUAAUCAACUCAGUCUUGUUACAUACGUCGCAUAAUGCCUCUCUACAAGGGGGAUUCUCCAUUAUCCACCUCAAGCUGUAAACAACUUUAUUGAUAACAUAAUAUAAUUUCUUAUGAGAAUGCAGCAGUGAAAAUGACUAUUAUUUAAAGUUAUAGUUUAAAUUCAGCUAGCAGCUGUAAACAGCUAGAAGGGGCUAGAGAUUUUUAUGAGAAAAUGACUUGUUUCUUGGGAAUAAAAUAAAAAUCCCAAAAUCUCAUUUACAUGUUUCAUAGGGGAAUACCAAAUGCAAUAAAGUCAAUACUUAUCAUCAUAGUAAUAUAUUGAAAUCAAUAGUUUUAUAACUAAGUUUUUUACAUUAUUUACGAUAAAUAAAUCAAGUUUUACAAA